GCAUGAUGGACUUGGAAAUGGUCGUCGAGAAUUUCAUCGCAGGCGUGAUGGUGCCGUGCAAGAGGACCCUGGACUCGUAUGAACCAGGCACAGGGAAGGUUUGGGCCAAGAUCCACUCUGGCACCUUGGAAGUCAAUGCUGCGGUUGCUGCGGCCAAGCGAGCCUUCCCAGAAUGGUCAGGAUUACCCAUUCAAGAACGAGCCAAGCAUCUCCUGAAGGUAGCUGAUUUGCUGGAAAAACGCCUUGAAGAGUUUGCUGUUGCUGAAUCCCGUGAUCAGGGCAAGCCAGUCUGGCUAGCAAAGGCAAUGGACAUUCCACGUGCUGUCCUGAAUCUUAGGCAUUUUGCUCAGACUGUUCCAAAUAAUCUGAAUACAUCAAAUGUAAGGACUGAUGCAGGUGUAGUCAACUACACAGUCCGAGAGCCAGUGGGUGUUGCAGGUCUAAUUAGUCCAUGGAACCUUCCCCUUUAUCUCCUGACCUUCAAACUUGCUCCAGCACUCAUAUGCGGCAAUACUGUAGUUGCCAAACCCUCAGAACUUACUUCUGUCACAGCCUAUAUGCUGUGCAAGGUUCUUCAGGAUGCAGACUUUCCUGCUGGAGUGGUGAACAUGGUGUUUGGAACAGGGCCCUCGGCAGGUGAGGCUUUAGUGAGCCAUCCUGAGGUCCCUCUCGUUUCUUUCACCGGCUCGACUGCCACAGGGAAGCACAUAGCCCAGGUCACAGCACCCAUGUUCAAAAAACUGUCAUUGGAGAUGGGUGGGAAAAAUGCAGCUGUAGUUUUCAGUGACUGUGACUUAGAUGCUUGUGUGAACACGCUCAAGAGAUCGUCUUUUGUCAAUCAGGGUCAGGUUUGCCUCUGUACUUCAAGAAUCUUUGUUCAGCGUCCCAUCUAUGAGACAUUCCUAGAAAAGUUUGUGGAUAUAGCCAAAGAGAUCAAGGUAGGCUGCCCCUUCAGUCAAGAGGUCUUCAUGGGGGCCCUUAACUCAAAGCCCCAUUUGGAAAAAGUGAAAAAGUAUGUCAAGUAUGCAGUCGAGGACGGAGGAAGUGUUCUUUGUGGUGAAGGUGUGGACCUGCUUAUUUUACCUGAGGAUAAUAAACAGGGAUAUUUCAUGAGACCAACCAUCAUCACUGGGCUGGAUGACAAUUCUCGUUGCAUGCAAGAGGAGAUCUUUGGCCCAGUAACCUGUGUUGUACCCUUUGAAGAGGAAGAGGUAGUCAAGCGUGCCAACAACUCUAAUUUUGCCUGUGUGCUUCAGUGGACGUCAAAUGUUGGCAUUGCACACCGUAUGGCACAUAAACUAAAGGUUGGCACUGUGUGGACCAAUUGCUGGUUGGUGCGAGACCUCAACAUGCCGUUUGGAGGGGUGAAGGCCAGUGGCAUUGGUAGAGAAGGAACCCAAGAUUCCAUGGAAUUCUAUACCGAGGCAAAAACCAUUUGUACAAAGAUUGCUUAAAAGAUGACAAAAAGAAUGUUGCUCAAAUCACAAUUAGUGCAUGAUUCUUACCCAAUCUACCCCUCCUUUUACAAUAGAAAAAAAAAAAAAAAAAAAAAAAAAUUGCUUGGAUAUUUGCUACAUAUUUUUCUUUCUUUUUUACUGUUGUUGUUGGUCUUUACAGUAUUCAUUUUUUUCAUCUAAAGUAUAAUCUCAUUACUUGCAUGUAAAAAUUUAUUUGUCAAUAUACACUAUCAGUUUUUAUUAAUUACAAGACCCCUGUGUAUGAUACAUUAUCAUAUAAAAAAGUUCUAUUUGAGCCAGCCAUUAGUGACAUUAUUGUGAAAGCAUUUUAUUGGUCAUUGGUGAUGGAUAUGUAUAUAAAAUAAUGCAGAUGGUGAAUAAAGAUAUAAGGAAAAUA